AUGGAGACUGAGUCAGCUGGUCAAGCAGGAGCUUGUACGGACUACGACCUUGUCUUUGACUUUGAUGAGGAACACAUGGUGCACAGCCUCAAUUCCCAGAUGACUUCAAUUCAUCCGCAGAACGAAACAGCAGUAAAUCUUUGUGGUCAGGAGUAUUUGGAGCUAGGUUCAUCAUCUAGGAGCAAUCAGCCGAUGCUCCUUAGCCAAACAAACUUGAACCAGAACUUCACAGUCUCUACAAUUACUAGUUGUGCCCUCUCGUACCCACCAUUUGACCUUGCUCAAAAAUUAGCACAGCCAGUUACAUCUUUCAAUCUUCCAUCGAUAGGAACACAGGCUACACAGCAAUGCUACCAUCCAAUAACUGACAAUGUGGAGCUCGGAUCACCGGCAGGACUUACCCAGCCUCAACUUCCUAAUGAAAACCCUAAUUUGAACCUUUCACAACAUGCCUAUAAUACUUAUGAAAACCCUGGGCCUUCGGUUGUUAAUGCUCCAAGCUUGCCACAGUCGGUACCAUCCUCCUUUAAUGCUACAUUAGUAGGAGAACCACAACCUUAUCUACCAUCAAUGGUGGGAUUGGUGGCACCUGAUAAUGGAGCACUUCACUCAUUUCAAGCCGAGCAUGAGACUAAUUUGAUCUACUCCAAUCAGCAGAUGAACAUUCAGCCUGAAAUUGUCACCCCAUUUGAACAUAUGCCUAUGCCUCAAAGUAUGGGUCCAUUCAUUCAAUCUAGCAAAAACAAUCAAAUGGUGCAAAACAUCUCAAACAAUAAUUUCAGCAGCCUCAGUCAGCAACCAUCUGUCGGCCCAACUUUAUUCCCUCAAAAUACAAUAGAGGUAGAUGUAAUGAAUCAAAGACAAUUGCCAAUCAACCAACACCAGGCCAGUUUGCUCCCCAGUAUCCAGAAUGCUCCUUACAGACAAUUAACUCAGUUGGGGCACCAAUCUAAUGAAUUCAUGAAUGCUAAUGUAUAUGACCCGCAAUAUUUCAACCACAUGCAACCUCAAGCUUAUUCACUUUUAAGGCCCCAACAGUUGACUAAUCAGCUACAGCUUAACCAAGUCCAGCAAAUGCAAAACGUGUUUGAUCCUCAAUAUCAGUACUCCAUGCUACCUUCCAUGCCUGUUAGGCCAAGAAGUUACGUAUAUCCUCAAGUUAAUCAAAUAACGGUGCCAUCUAACAUGUAUGAUCCACAAGUUUAUAAUCCCAUGCUGACUCAGGAUCUUUCCAUCUCGGUCAGGCCUUCCCUGCUUGGAAAUCAUCAACAGCAACUUAACCAAGUCUGGACGACACAGAACUCCAUGCUACCUGGAUCGUCUAUGCCUUCUAGGCUCCAACAGUCGUAUGGUCGUCAACAACCUAAUCAAUUAGCAACUUUGAUGCCAAAUAUGUAUACUUCACAUGUUAGUAGUUCCAUGCUACAGGAACCAAUCAUGUUUCCUGGGUUCCCAUAUGCACUGGAUCAUUAUGAACAAGCUAAUCAGGUCUCGAUGUCACCUUUUGCGUCGAAUCUACAGCAGCGUAACUCCACAACAGCUGGAUCUUCCAUACAGCCUUGGGCUCAUAGCCAAAGGUUGUAUGAUUAUGACCAUCAACAUGAGCAAGUCCAAAAUUCAAAAUUUUGUAGCUCCAUGCUGCCUCAGCCUUCAAUGCUUUCUAGGUCACAACAAUCAUCUGAGUAUCAACAACUCAACAAACUUCCUGAAAUGGCCAGUCGAGUUGAUCCUUCACAUGACAAAAUCUUGCAUCCACAAUCUUCAAUGACUUCUAGUUUACAGACCAUCCAAACGCAAGGAUUACAGAAUCAAACUGCUGUACAAAGUCUCUCCUACCUUAGUCCUGGCACUCAACAGACUCAAAGCCUGAACUCACAAUCUCAACGAGAAAUUGGGAGCCUGUCCAAAGAGCCAGUUCCUCUUCUACGAGAAACACUAUCAGUGGGCAGCUACAGGGAGAAGGGACUGGUGGAAGGACUUAGAUCUGCAGCAAAACGAAAUGCGUAUGGAGAAUCAUUGUUGACAUCUAAGCGCUCCAGGACGGAAACAGUAAGUCAAGAAAGGAGUUUAUCAGCAUCCAAUCCUCAAGAAGAAGAAAAGACUUCUAUGCCUGAAGGAACUGAAGUUGAAAACCCUAAUGAUCAGAGUCCUAAAGCAAAGAAACUCAACAAUUCCCUUUAUGAUCCAAAUUUUGAGGGCAUAGGUGUACCUGUUGACCCACAUCUCCGGCUAUUUGGUUCAGGCUAG